GCCAUGAUAACUCUCACUCCUAAAACCCUAUCCCCUUUCUCAUUUCUCUGCAACCCCAUACCAAAACACCAAAACCAAAACUCAAAAUAUACCAUUGUAACCCAAUAUUCAGACUCCAACUCAAAGCCAACCUUCAAUUCCAAUUGCGAGUCUGAGUUCCAGACCGAGAGGGGUCUUAAAUUCGAUAUCGGCGAGACCUUCUUCCGCCAUGAAAGCGCCACCGGCCGCGACCUCGGCGUGCUCGCCGCAGCGCUGUACAAGAGAUCCAAAGGCAAAUUGCGAGUUCUCGAUGCACUGUGCGGCUGCGGAAUUCGAUCUCUUCGGUACCUCAUCGAGGCAGAGGCCGAUUUUGUUUUAGCAAAUGAUGCAAAUGAUGAUAACAGGGAAGUUAUCACGGAGAACUUGUCGCAGGUAGAGAGUAGUUCUGGCGACGAUCCGAGGUGGGCAGUGACGCUUUCGGAUGCAAAUCGGAUCAUGACAGAGUGUUAUCUCAAAAGAAAUUUCUUUGAUUUGAUUGACAUUGAUUCAUUUGGGAGCGAUUCGUCGUUUCUGAGGUCGGCGAUUAAUGCUUUGAAAUUGGAUGGGUUGUUGUAUGUUACUUCCACUGAUGGAUUCUCAUCGGGUGGUCGCAGGCCUCAACAAACUUUAGCUGCAUAUGGAGCUUAUGUUCGACCUAUGCCAUAUUCAAAUGAGCUUGGUUUGCGAAUGCUUAUAGGAGGGGCUGUGAGGGUAGCUUCUGUGCUGGGGUAUCGAGUUACUCCUCUAUUUUCAUACUAUUCAUACCAUGGACCCAUUUUCAGAGUCAUGCUCCGUGUCAAUCGAGGAAAGCUUCCUGAUAACAGAAAUUAUGGUUUCAUCAGCUACUGCCACAACUGUGGAAGUUCUCAAGAAUAUUCAUGGGCUGAACUUGGUCGGAUGAGUUGCCCCUGCAGCGAUUCAAAGGUUUCCAAGUCAUUGAUUGUUUCUGGCCCCCUCUGGACAGGGCCUCUGCAUGAUACCAUUUACAUUACAGAAAUGCUGCAUUUGGCUGAGGAAUGGGGAUGGGCAGGCAGUGGCUCAGGAACUGAUCUCGACAAGCUUUUGAACCAAAUGGUGGCCGAGAGUGACCCCAGAUUACCGUUUGGGUACACCAAGUUGGACGAGGUGGCCAGCCGUGCGAAAGUAAAUUCUCCACCGCUCAGAGCCGUUAUGUCCACCCUUGAAAAGGUAUUCCCACACAACUCACUUUGGCAAAGCAUUUUGUUGGGAUUAGCUAAUGGACCAAAAAUAGGGCACGUCAGUAGUGCAUGUCCAACAGUUGGAGUUUGGGGAAGCAUUUUGUUGGGAUUAGCUAAUGGACCAAAAAUAGGGCACGUCAGUAGUGCAUGUCCAACAGUUGGAGUUUGGGGGGCGUGGGGCGUGGGUAUGAGUGCAUGUUGGUCAAUUUUGGGAGCUGCUGGGUAUGAGUGCAUGGUGGACAACUGGAGUUCUAGGAGCUGCUGGGCAUGUGUCUUAUUGGAGUGCAUGCUGGACAUUUGGAGUUUGGGGGCUGUUGUGUAUGAAUGUUAUUGAACCAAAGACGAAUAGUCUUGAUGCUGGGUUAA